AUGGAAGACAGUUGGAGUUCCUGCGUACAAACACUGGAGGGACAUGGAUGGGGAGUAUCAUCAGUAUGCUGGUCACCGGAUGGAAGUCGGAUCGCAUCAGCGUCAUCGACCAGCGGUAUCAAGAUCUGGGACCCGGUAACAGGCCAAUGCAUAUCGACACACGCGGACCCCAAGAAUGAAGUUCGCUCAUAUUGGGCGGGCUCGGUUAUUUGGCCAAAAGAUACGCCUGUGGGUUUCGGAGAGCGAGGUGAGAUCAAGGUCUGGGAUUUAAUGAUAGACAAGUGCAUACCAACGCUGGAGGACCAAAAUGACCAUAAUUUUCUCGCUGCUUCAGUAUCUGGGUCACAAAAUGGAAGCCGGAUCGCGAUGGCGUCGAAGGAUGCCUCUAUCCGGAUCUGGAACACGACAACCUGCCAGUGUAUCUCGACAUUAAGUGGCCAUAGCGAUUUUGUUGGUGCGGGAGCGUGGUCACCAAAUGGACGAUUGUUUGCGUCGGGCUCAGAUGAUCGCACAGUCAAGAUCUGGGAUGCCGUUACGUGCCAGUGUAUAUUGACAUUUGAUGGCAAUAGAAGCUGGGUAGGUUCAGUAGCCUGGUCACAAGAUGGUGCACUGCUUGCAUCAGGCUCAGCCAAUGGCAAAGUAUUGAUUUGGGACUUGGAAACUGGUCAGAGCAUAUCGGCGCUAAAUGGGCACGCGGAUUGGGUUUAUUCAUUGGACUGGUCGCAAAAUGGGAGUCGACUCGCGUCAGCCUCGACAGAUUAUAUCAAGAUCUGGGACAUGACAACAUACCAGUGUAUAUCAACGCUUUGUGGCCACGGCGAUGCAAUUCUUUCGGUAGCUUGGUCACAUGAUGGUGCAUGGCUUGCGUCAGGUUCAUCUGAUGGAACAGUCAAGAUCUGGGAACCAGGAGUAGCCCAGCAGAGCUUGUCAAGGCUCGAAGGCCAUACCGAACUGGUCACGAGAUUGAUAUUGUCUCCAAAUGAGGCGAAGCUCGCAUCAGCUUCACUGGAUACAUAUAUCAAGAUCUGGGACCUGGGGACAGGAAAAUGCACAGUAACGCUUAGCGGCCAUACCGAUGGGGUCUAUUCACUAGCUUGGUCGCCAAAUGGAACUCAGAUCUCGUCGGGCUCAAGGCAUGGCUCUCUCAAGAUCUGGAACACAAUAACAGGCGAGUGUAUUUCAACACUCAAGUGCCAUGACGGUAUCCUGAAUGAAGUAGCCUGGUCACCGGACAAUGCACGUCUAGCCACAGCAUCAUCCGAUGGUCUAAUCACUGUCUGGGAUUCAAAAACAUACCAAUGCAUGUUCACACUCAAGGAUGAUGAAUCUAAAGCCUGGUAUCAGGCAUUAGUAUGGUCACAGGAUGGGGGUCGCAUUGCUACAGUAUCGCUGAGUCGGUUUGUCAAGAUCUGGGAUACGGCCAGAAAAGAUCGCGUGGUAUCCUUCAAGGGGGAUGAAAUCUUUGCCUACUUUGGUACAUGGACACCUGAGAGGUUGCAGGCUCGCCUUCGCGCACUCCUGGAAAUGAGGGACUAUGAUCCUGAAACUCACGAAAGCUUGUUUAUACCAGAAACUGCUGGCUACGACUUUGACGAAGGGUACAAGUGGAUUACAUACUCAGGUAAACCUUUCUUAAGGCUACCGACAGAAUACCAACCAAAUGCAGCAGCUGUUGGUAAGAAUUUUGCAGGGAUUGGCUGUCACUCCGGCCGUGUUCUCCUGCUGCAGUUCUCAGAUGUCAAUCCUUUGAUAUAG